UCACGUCUCAGGAAACGGAACAUAAGAUGACGACCGGAACGACCGUUCCCACCAAAGAACAGAUCCUAGUACCAGAAACCCUCCUAAAGAAGAGAAAGGCUCGCUCUGAACAAGAAGAGAAAGGACAGAAAGCACUUGCGGAGAAACGCAAGGCGGUUAAAGACAAAAGAAAGGUAAUUUUUAAGAGAGCGGAGAAAUAUGUCCGUGAAUAUCAUUCGACCGAGAGGGAGAAGAUUCGACUGAGAAGAUUAGCCAAGGCUGCAGGAAAUUUCUAUGUUCCUGCUGAACCAAAGUUGGUCUUUGUUAUUAGGAUUAAAGGUAUCAACAAAAUUCCUCCCAAACCACGAAAAAUCCUCCAGUUACUUCGUCUUCUUCAGAUCAACAAUGGCGUUUUUGUACGCUUGACAAAAGCCACCAAGCAAAUGCUGCAACUUGUCACUCCCUAUAUUGCAUAUGGUGAACCGAAUUUGAAGUCAAUUCGUGAGCUGAUUUACAAAAGAGGAUAUGCUAAAGUGAAUAGACAGAGGAUUCCUAUAACAGAUAAUGCAAUCAUUGAAAAAAGUUUGGGAAAAUUCGGUCUUAUCUGUGUUGAAGAUUUGAUCCACGAGAUUUACACCGUUGGACCACAUGUGAGUGUUUCUGAGUGUGAUGCAAAAUCUGAAAAGCCAUGGACUUGGAUGUGGCAGUUCAAACAAGCAAAUAAUUUCCUCUGGCCUUUCAAGUUGUCAAACCCUAAUGGUGGAUGGUCAACUAGGAAAUUCCGACACUUUGUUGAGGGUGGAGAUUUCGGUGAUCGUGAGACGAAAAUCAAUGAAUUGAUUCGUAGAAUGAACUAA